AGUAUGACGCGUGGGUUGUUGCGGUUGCAAAGAUAUGGGCGCCGUUAUAAAGUGUUGCACAUUUUCGUUACAAGUGGUUUCAGCAAGCGGCCCCCGAUGCUGGUCGAUUUCAAAUACAUUUCACGUCAAGACAUAAAACGAAAAAGAUUUUUCACGGGUGGGACAAAAAAAAAUAGGAAUGUCUACGCAGUGGCGACGAUUUUUCGAUGCACGUGUACAAACUGGAAAGUAUAGCCGGCGCAACUGACCGCAACAGUGACGGGCGCAUCACCUGUGAUAAUACCGCAUGCAGUCCUGUUUAUCGGCGACGCAGCCAUCUUAUAAAUGCCAACACCAGCGCGGUGCUCACCACACCUCGCCGUUAGCUGGAAGCACUCAGUCGUUCCUGCAGCUGUGCGGCGGAGAAGGGCUGUAUGGCGUUGAACCAGCACGAUCCACCCAUGACUCCCACCGCGGAACACACGCUGUUCCGGUUCGGCAGCAAGCUCGACUGGCGUCCUACAUGUUUCCUCGAGCCGUCGCCCUCGGAUAGAACGUGCAACGCCUGUACACUAGUUCCCCGGAUGUUGAUCAACUUGCCCUGUGGUCAUCGGCUCUGCUGCCUUUGCUACCAGAUCAACGUCGAGUCACGCAACCACUGUCCCCUGGACAAGGAAGUCUUCGCACCACAAGACGUUACGUAUGCGGCCUUUCAUGAUGACAGUCUUCGCCAAUACAAGGUUCGCUGCUGGAACUUUGGCAACGGUUGUGGAGCAGAGGGUGACAUCAUCUCCAUGAGGGACCACUUCAACGACUGCCUAUUUCACGCAGUCAGCUGCUUAAGGUGCGCCGAAAAAGUGCUGCAACGGAACAUCGUGGAUCAUAUGUACUCGGGCUGCGUUGGGUACUCCAUACCGCAUACAGCCCUACAGCACUCUAACGGCGGCAUUGAUAUGCGAGAAGUGAGGGAAGCACUGAGAACGAUCACCGAAGAGAACGAGCGCCUGCAGGCAGCGCUCGAGUCGUUCGAACAGCAAGCUAUCGCCGAGAGACAAGCUCUGUUGAUGGGCGUGUCGACAGUUGUUGCUCGCGCCAUAGACGAUGCCGCGCGGCAGUCGAGUUGGGCAAGCAGUGCUAACAUUCAUUCUUCGGUGGGCAAGAUCCGAGGCGUCCUCGAUAGGAACAAAUGCGUCCUAAAACAGGAAUACGAGCGCAUGAUGCGCGCAUUAAAAGGUAAUGUGGCACAAACUUCACCUGGAGAUGGUAAAUGGACACGUGCUACUGUCGGUCACGGGCGGCUACAAGCAUCCCUGGAGGCACCCGGCGGAUCGUCAGGGGCGAGCGUGGAACAAAUGACAGCCACUGUCCAACCGACAGUACCAGGGAAUCGCUUCAGGCAGGCGUCGGUUUCCCGUCCAAAGCUCGAGACCACUGUGAACGACAUAGCUGAGUGCUGUGAGUGCAUUAUAGAAAACUGGUCAUUUUUCAGUAGCGGGCAAGAGCAAGCGAGCAUCUGUAUUGGUCGAUGUGACUGCACAGCUCGCCAAUCCGGCUUCGGAUACAUACUCAGUGCAGAGCUACGUUCGUCACCGACGGCCGGUUCCCUAUACAUGAAGGUGUUUGCGUUCAAAAGCUCCCUUGGGACCACAACUGGCUUACCUUUGGUUAAGAGGUUCUUGUUGCGGUUCCUUCAUCCGAAAUAUGCCAAAUUGGACGUGAAAGCGUGCCACGAUGUUUCUUGGCUUAGAUUGGGUACACCUUGGAGUAUUGUGGGUGAACAAGUGGAGUACAUGUGGUCCAGCAGCGCGUUGGGCAGUGUUCGAGAUCUGGAAGCUGGCGGCUUCAUCGAAAGCAACAAACUGCGCAUGCGCUUCAAAGUGGCACCUUGCUAGUUCUCUCGCGUUGUUAGUACGCACGCAAGUGACUUACAUGUUUUUUUCGUACGUUAUUCCCGAGUGUAAUUUCCUCUUCUGGCACAUUUGUUAGUUCGAUGAUUGUUGAUAUGUCUGUUCGCCUGCAUGUAGCUUUCAGCAAGCAACAGCUGCACUCUGCUCUUACAGCGUAAAAAAUAUAAAACAUAAGUAAACACGGCUGUCGACAGGCGGAAGGCAAGCGCGCAAGACUGCCGCCCUAGCAUUUUGGCAGCGCCGCAUCGAGAACUGUUUUAGAUUCGGCGUCUUAGUCGCUAGAGUAGAACGUGUUCUGGCAUAGCCUAGGCGGCUACGGUUCUGGUUGUAACCCUUGCACGCAGCAGUGUGUCAGUAAUAUGUCUUAAAUGAGGUAGGUUUGAAUGCGCGCAGAACGGUAAUCAAAGGAUGUCAGCAUUAAAAAUUGAAUCGUUCCUACAUACAUUUUUGUAGUUCGAUGCGUAGACGUGUUACGUGCAUUACACCUGUGCCGAUGUAUAUUGGGUGAAGAAAAAAAAGAAGAUAAAAACAAAAGUUAAAGCACUUAACUCCAUUUGGCAUCUACGUAAUGCGAAGCAGUCUUGGUUUAACGCUUUGACGACGUGUUGCGAAGUGAUACGGAGUGCAGGGCAUUGUGUUGUUGAGUGUUGUUGUGAUGCUCAGUGACCCAAGCUGGCGUCAAAGGGGUUCGCUGAAGAACGGCAGGUAUACCCAGUAACCCUUUGGACACAUACGCAGGAGCCCAUACCCAGUGGCCCCAGUGCCACAUAGGAACCUUCCGUUUUCGAGUAAAGCAUCAUAAUCACUGAUUUUUGCACCACCGAACAAGUUUUAUGAAAUGGGGUUAAGCGUGAUUUCUCGCCGAAGUUGCGCGGUUUAGUAAGGAGUAGGAAUAAAUGCAGGCAUUAGAAAAACCAUCGAAUGCUGCCCACCUUUUGUGAGCAAGUGGUGAAGAUACAUGAAUAUGACACACAUAUGCUUCCUUUUCGGUCAACGCUCAAGCAAAAUCGUCAUAAAUAAUAAGAUCGGCGCUCGCUGGCCUUGAGUGAAUGAAAGCU